GUUUUAUCGGAAGUUACGUCACGAACGGUAAACUCUAGGUAGCUGGUCGCUUCCUUCUUCUCAGUGCCUGUUAGCCAUUGUCGACUCUGUCCACCGGGUUACUGGAGUUUGAUAGACGAAAGCUGACAUCGUACGUUAGAUAAAAAAAGAGGGAUAGCUGAGUGAAGAGAAAGUUACUUAAAUUUGAAAUAAAACAAUAAGCUGUACAAAAUGUAUAGCAACGGUUACACACAACAAACUUCUUUCAGGCCCAGAGGAAACAGGGACUAUGGCAACAGGGGUGUAGGAGGAGGAACUUAUUGGAAUAGUCAACAACAAAAUCCAAAUAAAUUCAACAACAUGAAUAAUAAUCCAAAUAAAAAUAAACAGCAACAACAGCAGCAACAACAGCAAUUGAAUCAACAGAAUCAGAAGAAAGCACCUGGUGAUUUACUGAAGAAACCUGACUGGGACAUGGACGCACUCCCGGCCAUUACUAAAAAUCUUUAUGUACCUCAUCCAAAUAUCAGAAGCCGUUCACCCGAUGACGUCAACAAGUAUCAUGCGGGAAAAGAAAUAACAGUGAAGGGAAACAAUACUCCAUUGCCGAUUCAAGCUUUUGAAGAAAGUAAUUUCCCUGAGUAUGUAAUGCAAGAAAUCUGCAAACAAGGGUUCCAAGAACCGACGGCUAUUCAAGCUCAAGGCUGGCCCAUUGCUCUCAGUGGAAGGGACAUGGUUGGUAUCGCCCAAACAGGAUCGGGAAAAACAUUAGCGUAUAUUCUCCCAGCAACUGUCCACAUCAACCACCAACCUCGAUUGACUCGUGGUGAAGGUCCAAUUGUCUUGGUGUUGGCACCUACGCGUGAACUGGCUCAGCAAAUUCAAUCAGUAGCACGGGACUUUGGUUCAUCAUCAUGCAUCCGUAAUACUUGUAUAUUCGGUGGCUCACCAAAAGGACCACAGGCACGGGAUCUGGAGCGUGGAGUUGAAAUCUGCAUCGCCACACCUGGACGUCUAAUUGAUUUUCUGGAAAAAGGUACCACCAAUCUAAAAAGAUGUACUUAUUUGGUAUUGGAUGAGGCCGACCGUAUGUUAGACAUGGGAUUCGAGCCCCAGAUCCGUAAAAUAAUCGAACAAAUCAGACCCGACAGACAGGUUCUCAUGUGGUCAGCGACUUGGCCUAAAGAAGUUCAAGCUCUCGCUGAAGACUUUCUUUCUGAUUACAUUCAAAUAAACAUCGGUUCCCUCACUCUUGCUGCCAAUCACAACAUCCGUCAGAUUAUUGAGAUUUGCCAAGAACACGAGAAGGAGUCUAAAUUAACAAAUUUGUUGCGUGAAAUUGGCUGUGAAAGAGGAAAUAAAACUAUAAUAUUUGUCGAGACAAAGAAAAAAGUUGAUGACAUUACGAAAGCAAUAAAGCGCGAAGGUUGGUCAGCAAUAGCCAUUCACGGUGAUAAGUCUCAGCCAGAACGUGAUUUCGUUUUGUCUGAAUUCAGAACCGGGAAAACCGCAAUUCUUGUGGCGACUGAUGUAGCAGCUCGUGGUCUUGAUGUCGAAGAUGUCAAGUACGUCGUAAACUUUGAUUAUCCAAACAGCUCUGAAGAUUACAUCCAUCGAAUUGGAAGAACGGGACGUUGCCAAAGUGCUGGUACAGCAUACGCAUACUUUACACCAAACAAUGCUCGUCAAGCUAAAGAAUUGAUAUCAGUACUUGAGGAAGCUGGCCAAGUAAUAAACCCUCAAUUGUCUGAAAUGGCAAAUGCACAACGUGGUCAAUUUGGCAAGAACCGCCAACGCUGGAAUCCAGCCCGUUCCUCACCCAACAACAACCCCAACUCCAGCCCGAGAGGUAACGUCAGUCCCACUUCAAGCGGCACUUGGUCCAACAACCAACAGACCAACAUGUACCACCAACAACAGCAGCAACAACACAAUUCCUACGACCGACAAAACAUGCAUCGUCAGCAAAACGGAUAUGUGUCUCGUCAGCAGAAUAAUUACCAAAACGGCUACAGCCAACACCAGCAACAGCAGCAGCCACAACAACAACAACAACAUCAACGUCAAUCAAAUUCCGGUUACCAACAAAACGGAUACCACCAAUCUGGUAACAACACGUCGCCAAAUUACCAGGGCGCCCAAAACGGAGGACAGAGAUAUCAACCACGACCAGCAUAUCAGAACAACCGUAACAUGAAUCCCCAACGUCAACAAAAUGCAUACGCUGGAAACCAAAAUGGCCAGAAUGUAUAUUCAAUUCCACCACCGUAUCUAAUGCCAUCAACCGGUCACACUGAUUCUGGAAUACAGAGUUUAGUUAGCAACAAGUUCUUCCAGACAAACAGACCACCACCUACUGCCAACGCGUGUGCAUACCAAUCAAUGGGAUACGGUCAGUUCCAAGCAGUCUCACCUUACGGGUACACUUACCCACCAACACCCGUACAGCAAUGAUUCUCCAAUCUAAGAGGUAAAUUUAUCCAAGUUUCCGUCAAGUAAGGAUCAAUUAUUAUCGUCAAUUGCGUUAUAAUAUUAUAAAAAUACGCUUUGACAAAUUUAUUAUUAUUAUUUUUUUUUUCUGUUUUCUUCAUAAAUCACCAAACGGGCUUUUUAAUAUUAAUUCAAUAUAUUUCCUUCGUCUAAUAUCUACAAUAAUCUUAAUGAUUUUAUUUUAAUAUCUAUAUAUAAAUAUAUGAAUAUCUAAUGCUAAUAACAAUAAUAUUAAUAAUUUUUUUGGUUGUUUGGUUACAUUGUUGGUACUUUUCUGGAAUGGUGCUCAUUGGCGAUUACCUUUUAGCCUUCGGUAAUAACUAUUUAAUAACUUAAAUCAAAGUUAACACAUGACAAGUUAUCCAGUGAAUAAAUUUAUUAUUAAAGUAUUUAUUGUCUGAGGCCUACAUGUUAAAUUUCACGUUAAUUAAUUAUUAAAUAAUCAUUUAUUUUUCUCUGGUAAUUUUACACGUAUUUAUUAUUUUAAAAAGUACAAUUCAUCCCAAUACGCGAGGAUGAUUUAAUGAAAUAAUAAAAUUUAAAUUUAAAAUAAUAAUAGUAAUAUUAAUAAAUGCGCCAAUAAUUUAAGGCACAUUCCAGUCGAGUCUUGACUUUGAAUGAUAGCUCGAUAGCGGUGGUAUGAUUAUAAUAAUUAUAAUAAUUACAUUAAUAUAUAUAUUAAUCGUAAAAAAAAACAAAUAUUUGGCAAAUGACCACGAGUGUAGUUUUUAUUGAUGGUCAUUAAGAAUAUCCUAAUUAUAUUAUAUUAUAUAUUAUAUUGAUAAAUAGUAAUCUCUUUGCGGUAAUAAUGUAAAACUAUUAUCUGUAUGCUUUUCUGAAAUGCACGAAACGUAUAGAAGGGGGGUGGGUUAGGAUUAAUGAUUUAUAAUGUUUAUUUAUAACUUUGCGUAUAUGCUGAAGACAUUCUAUUAAAAAAAGUAAUUAAAAAAAAAAAAGAAUAAGAAGCGUAAGAAAAGAAAUAAGGCCUUUUGCAUAAAAAUUAAGCUCUGCGUCCAAUAAAAUAAACCAGUGGGAUUUUAGAUAUUAAUAAAUCUCUUUCUUCGAGACUGAUAGAUAAUACGUCUCGAUCAAACGUCUUUCAAUGUCUUUAAAUCGGUUGAUAAGCACGAUUGACUUUUAUCAAAUAAAUAAAAAAUGAUAAGUGAGAAGGGCGCGUAGUUGCAUGGCUGUAAAGCUCGGUACCUUAUUUUUGUAUUAAAUAAUAAUGAAUAUAAAACAAAGUAAUAAAAAUAAUUUGUUGUUAGACCAACGAAUUAUAAAUAUAAAGAGUAUGUUUGAUAUUUAUGCAACUGGCCACCAAAAGCUCCCAAUUUGCACGCCCUCGUGCAGGCACUUGCAGGCUGUGGCUGCCAAUUGUAAACCCAAUUGUACCUGUUUUAGUUGACGCGUCUAAAAAAUUUAAUAAGUGUAAAGAUUUAAAAGAAAAAAAAACAAAGGAUUGAUAAAUUGUUUUUUUUUUUUUCUUAUUGUUUAUUAUGUCAUCAUUUACGUUUAGUUGUUUUAUUACUACUCUGUGAGUCUAGGUUGUUUGUAAUGUAUCAUUAUUCUGUUAAAUAAGUCGCAUAAAAAUACUGUAUUAAUAUCUACAUAUACUGCGAGGCUAACAAGCGUCAAACGCUAUUUUUAAUGGCUCGUGUAUAGGGCAGUUCCUUUUUCAGUCCAAGGCGACUAUUAGCCGAGUACUGAGUUUUUUAAUUAAUUAAUAUAUAAAUAUAUUUAUAUAUAUAUAAAUUAAUAACAAACAAAUGAGGAUAAGAAACUGAUGGUUUAUCAUAACGAGGAUCCCUGCGACCAAUAAUUAAACAAAAUUAUUUACAUAUUAUUAUUAAAAUGAUUAUUAUUAUUAUCAAUGCGAUCCUUCAUUACAAUCAAGCGUCUGAUCGAUAACUUAUUGAUUGUUGAUUGUCUUUUUAUUUAAGCUACGUUCUGUUAUUGUGUAGUUUAUGUCAGGCCAUUUAUUAGUCUCUAUAAUAUUAUAAUUAUAAAUAUAUAACUUCUAUACUAUUAUUAAUUAGUUAUUAUUAUUGUUAUUGUUAUUAUUACUUUUAGUUAAAAGUGGUCUUGAAUAUUUCAACGCACAGGUCAAUGUCGACACGUUGAGUCACAUUUGUAUUAAUUAUUAUUAGUAAUUAUCAAUUAUUGAUAAUUGUCAUUUUAAUCUGAACAAAAAGUAUUCAAUUGUAAUUGUCGUAUUUUUUACUUAAUUUCAAUUUUAGUUUCCUUUUUUUUUUCGUACAUGACAAUCGACAGGCGCUGAUAAAGUUAUUAAAAAUAACAAUAAUAAUAAUGGAGGAUAAUAAAUAGAGUGAGUGAAAAAAAAAAUAAUAAAAGUAAAUAAGAGAAAGUUUACAAAUCGCAGUAAUAAAUGUAGGAGGCUGCCGUACAUUAGCGUAUUCUCUCUGUCGAAUUUCUGAUGGCACUGAAUAGUUUUUUUACUUUAGCGAAGAAAAAAAAAAUAAAAAUAAAGUGAUUGAAUUAUUAAAAAUAAUUAUAAUAACAAUGAUGAUAUCAAAGUUUUUUAUAAGUAAUAUUAAUUAGUAAUUUAAUAAUAAUAAAUAAAAAAAAAUGUCAGUUGGAUAUCGAUGGAGAGUUUGCGCGUAGCUCUGUGAUAUGUAAAAUGUAGCGCACAGAAAAUUUAAAAAAUUCUGAUGUGCGACAUGGUUAUAAUAGGGAAACGUAUCUCAUCAAUUUUAUAUAUGUGGUAUACCAUAUCAUGUUAUCUCGAUGGGGAAUUUGCUGUCGACUGGUAAAAAAUAAACCAUACAAACAGAAAAAACUAUAAUUAAUUGAAUAAUUAAUUAAUUAAAUGAUAAUUAACACAGAAGUAAACGAACAUUUAAAAUAUUAUAAAAAUAAAUUAAGGCAGUUUAUGAGUCUCCCAAUAAAAAUUGGUACUUUAUAAAUAAACCAAUUAUUAUUAAAGUUAUUUUAAAAUAAAUAAAAGAAAAAAAUAAACAAAAUAAUUAUGCGUUCUAAAUAAGUGAUGAUGAGUAACUGAGAGCGCGAACGUGAGAGAGAAAGAGAGAACGAGGAUUAGAGCGAGCGAAAUAAUUAAAAAACAAAUCAACUUAUAACAAAAAUAGUUAAUAGAAUAAACGGGGCAACGACAAGACCUCUGCUAACUGAUAUUUUCUGAGUACUCCGACUGUGUUAGGUAUAUUAAGAAUAGCAAAUAAUUAUUUUUUCAAAAGUUAUUGAGUAAAAAACACUAAUGAGAUGUUUUUAAUAAAAAAAAAAAUAAAUAAUUAAAAAAAAAAAGACAAAAUGAAAAUACAAAAAUUUAAAACGGCAGAUCGUACGUGUUAACAUGGUUUUAAAAACACCACGCACACGAAAUACUUAGUGAUUGCUUGUUAGAAAAAAUAAUUAACAAAAUAUUAUACGAUUUAAAACAAACGUGUCGCUAACUGUUGAGAAAGAUAGGCGUACUUGCAACAUUUUUUAACGCUUAGUAUUUUAUACAGUUAUAAAUCGUGAUUGCCAUUUAUUAUUAUAGUUCAUUUUCUUUUUAAUUAAUUAAUUAAUUAAUAAAACGUUUAUUAUAAAUAAUAAUUAAAUCUCACUGUGCCAAGCGUAACUCGUUGGGACAUUUUAAAGAACGGAGUCAUUUUCUUUUUUUUUUUUUUGUUAUUAACUUUCAUCAAAAAUUUAUGAGUGCAUGUAGCAGACAGACAAAUUUAAAAUCAUUAAUAGAGUAAAUAAUUAAAUUAUAAUUUUUAAAUAAGUGCAUUUUUUAAAUUAUUUACUCUAUUUAUUUAAAAUUAAAAAUUUUUCUGUCUGUUACAUUACAUUCAUAAAAAUUUAUUUUAUUUUUAUUUUAAUUUUUCGCGUUUUUAACAAUCGCCAUUUUGGUAAUUUAUCAUACGCGUUAAUAUCGCGUGCGCCUCAGUAUAUAAUGCGGUAUUACCUUUGUUUUAUAAAUAAUUAUAAAUAAUAAUGCUGAUCUAAUUAUAAUAAAAAUAAAAAUAAAUUUGAUGAUUAACUAAAAGAAGAAAUAAUUAAAAAAAAAAGAAGAAAUAUAUUAAAUAAACUCGAGUACCUUAAAUUAUAACGCUGAGCGCUGUGAUAUCGCGUUUAUAAACGUUUCUUAUUAAUUAUAAUAAUUGUAAUAAUAAAACGUGAGUGUGCAUAAAUAACUUGUAAUAUUUAAAGAAAUAAUAAGAUAAUUAUCUCCUUUAUACAAGACUGAUCUUUCGCCACGUUAUAACAAUUAACAAAUUGUAUAGGCAAUUGCGAUACACGUUUGUAUAACUGUCGAUACAUAUAUAUGUUUGUAUAUUAUUAAAAAAGAUAAAAAUGAAAAAAAAAGAAAUGAUAAAUAAAUAACUAAUAAAAAAAACUAUUAAUUAAUUGCAAAGCAUUCUUUGUAUUACGAAGCCGUCCGUGAGUUUAAAUUUUAAAAAUAUUUAUAAAUACGGCUAAAAUUAUUAAUUUAUUAUUUGUAUUCGUUUAUAUAAAAAUACUCUUCCAAUUAAAUUUAUAUAUUUAAAUCUCCGUUCUCAUAUUUCUUUUUUUAUUUUUAUUUUUAAAUGAAUAACUUUCAAAGUAUUAAUAAUUAAAUUAUUAAUGUAUCGAAUACAAAGAAAAAUUGACUAUAAUUAUUAUUAAAUAUUUAAUUGCUUAAUAAUUAACACCUACCUUUCUCGAGAAUGUGACACGCCGGUUAUUUUAUAUUUAUAAAUAUAUAUAAUGUAACUAUUUAUUCAUUUAUGGAAUUUUAAAUCCAUUAUUAAUGCUCCAGCAUCUCGUUAUCAGUAAAUCGCGAUUUAUUUAAUUAAUCUAAUUGAUUUAUUAAUUAAUUAGUAUUAUUUUUACUAACAAAUAAUUAAAUAAAUUUACAGUGUAAAAAAAAAAAAUUUUAAAUGAAAUUUUUUUUUUUCUAUUAAAGUAUUUUCAAUAUUUUCAUAGAUAAAACUCAUCGAAACUCUAGUCAAAAUCAUUUAUUACACUAUUAUUAUUACUAUUAUUAUUAUUAUCACAUACAAGUAUCUCAAUGUGUGCAUAUUUAUUUAUUUCCUCAAAAUUCAAUGGAAUUAAAUGGAUAAUUUUUUUUAAAAAAAUAUUUAUUCUAAAUAAAGGAAAAUUAAAAAAAAAAAAAUAAUAAUUAAAAAUAAAUUAUAUGAAUUUAAUCAGGCGAAUUUAGCAGGCUUGUAUAUGUUUUAUAUUUGAUACUAGUUUGUGAUAUAUAUUUAAAUAAAACGAGAGUACCAAGAAGCCGUUCCCUGGUCGUUAGCCGAAUGUUUAUUCCGAUCGAGUUAGUUAUUGCAUUAAAAUAAUUCAAUGAAUUUAAAAUAUUUAAAAAUGGAUUGUAAGAAUAAAUAAGCAGGGGGCAGAUAAUUAAAUAAAUUAACAAAAAAAAAAUAAUCAUUUAUUUUCUGUCCAUGACAUUGUAAGAGAAUAACGUGAUAUAUAAAUGUAUGGUAUAACGGUCUUACUGCUUCAUUCAGUCCUUAAGACGUUAAUGAAUAAAAAUAAAACUAAAAAUUUGAGGUAGGGAAAAAAAAAAUAAAUUUUUAAAUUAAUGAAGGAGCACCCAGUGUAGUCGUCAUCGCCUUCGAUAUAAUUUUUUUAACUUGAUAAUAAAGAAAAAAAGAAAAUAUUAAAUAUUUAAAGAAAAGAAAUUUAAAUUAAGGGAGACAACUCGUUAAUUGCAAAGUCCUCAUAAAAGUAAAAUAAAAAUAAUAAUAAUUUUGAAUUAUUGAUAAUUAAAUUAACACACUGUAAGUAAUUAAAAUAUUGCUCUACAUUCAGAUUCUCUUCUGUAGGUUUCACUAAAGUGCAUUUCUUGUAUGUUAUACAGUAUUAUGAUAGAAAAUAAAAUAAUAAAAACAUAUUGCAAUUGUA